AGGGAGGGGAGAGCCAGGGAGCGCGCGAGAGAGAGCGCGCUGUGAGCGAGGAGGGCGGGCGGGAGGCGGAUCCUUCUACCUGGGGCGCGCUCGCCUGCUCGCAGCUCGCUUGCCCGGGCCGCGAGUCACCUGGGGAGGCGGACAAGUGCGGACACAUUGGCCGCCGCGGCACACCGCGAGGCGCGCACGGCCCCAGGCGGCUGAGCCCAGUGGAGGUAGCGUCCGCCCACCCACCCGCUCACUGUGCCCGGCCCCGGCCUGCGCUCGCAGAGCCCCACGGUCACUCCGCUGGGCUCCGAGGUCGCGGUUCCCAGUCCGGGUCACUCCCCCGGGCGCACGGGGCGGCUGCGGCGCCCUGGGCUCACCAUGGUGGCAACGCGUGCCGGGUGCCCGCGCGUCGCCCGCCGCCCGAGCCGAAGUGCCGGCUGAGCGUGGUCCUCUCACAGCCCCCUGGCCCCUGCCCGGCCCCUGCCCGCUCGCGCGUCCCCUCCGGCCGCAGCUGUCUAUGGCGCAGCCCCCCUCCCUGGAUCAUGCACAGAAACUUUCGAAAGUGGAUCUUUUACGUGUUUCUCUGCUUUGGCGUCCUCUACGUGAAGCUCGGAGCACUGUCGUCCGUGGUGGCCCUGGGAGCCAACAUCAUCUGCAACAAGAUUCCUGGCCUGGCCCCACGGCAGCGUGCCAUCUGCCAGAGCCGACCCGAUGCCAUCAUUGUGAUCGGGGAGGGGGCGCAGAUGGGCAUCAAUGAAUGCCAGCACCAGUUCCGAUUCGGCCGCUGGAACUGCUCCGCCCUGGGCGAGAAGACCGUCUUCGGGCAAGAGCUCCGAGUAGGGAGUCGCGAGGCCGCCUUCACUUACGCCAUCACCGCAGCAGGCGUGGCCCACGCUGUCACCGCUGCCUGCAGCCAGGGCAACCUGAGCAACUGCGGCUGUGACCGGGAGAAGCAAGGCUACUACAACCAGGCAGAAGGCUGGAAGUGGGGAGGCUGCUCAGCCGAUGUGCGUUACGGCAUCGACUUUUCCCGACGCUUCGUAGAUGCUCGCGAGAUUAAAAAGAAUGCCAGGCGCCUCAUGAACCUCCACAACAAUGAGGCAGGCAGAAAGGUUCUGGAGGACCGCAUGAAGCUUGAAUGUAAGUGUCACGGUGUGUCGGGCUCGUGCACCACCAAAACCUGCUGGACCACGCUGCCCAAGUUCCGCGAGGUGGGCCACCUGCUCAAGGAGAAAUACAACGCGGCCGUUCAGGUGGAGGUGGUGCGCGCCAGCCGCCUGCGCCAGCCCACCUUCUUGCGCAUCAAGCAACUGCGCAGCUACCAGAAGCCUAUGGAGACGGACCUGGUGUACAUCGAGAAGUCGCCCAACUACUGUGAGGAGGACGCGGCCACAGGCAGCGUGGGCACGCAGGGCCGCCUGUGUAACCGCACCUCUCCCGGCGCCGACGGCUGUGACACCAUGUGCUGCGGCCGAGGCUACAACACACACCAGUAUACCAAGGUGUGGCAGUGCAACUGCAAAUUCCACUGGUGUUGCUUUGUCAAGUGCAACACGUGCAGCGAGCGCACCGAGGUCUUCACCUGCAAGUGAGGCCGCGGUGCAGGCGCACAAGGCGCCUGCCCAUCCCGCGGCCCUCGCCAUUUUGCACAUCCUUCUUUGCUUCCGGAGCUGCCAGCUAUGGGCACAGGAGGGUAGAAUUGGGGGUAGGGUACUGGGGUACUCCAGGCUCCUUCCUACCUGCUUUGUCCCCUCCAGAGGCACAGCAGUGCCCUGACCUACCCGGCAUCCAAGGCCAACGCAUCGGUCUGGUACCCAAUGGAGACAAAUUCCUUUACUUCUCUUCGGGAAACUGGACCUCAAAGUGAGUGACCACAAGACUCUGAGGAUCACCUCCCUGCCUGGUGGCUGGACAGAGAAAGGCCACACCCACCAGUCACACUCAAAACUGUUUCCUGAGCUGUGUCCUGCUGGCCCCCGGCAGUGUGGAUGGAUGUUGACAAAAUUAUUUAUGUUUUCUUAGCAUCAGUUGAGAACUCAGUACUAACGACCGGGUAGCCAGACCUAACCCUAUCGGAGGUUGCCCCACCACCAUCUCUCUUCACUCUCUUCCCCUCAACCCCUCCCUCGAGGGUCCUCUGCUCCUUGCAGGACCCAGGGUGUCAGGGUUGGCACGGAGGCUGGCUGGUAGGGGAACUCCUUGGCAGCACUCUGGGAGGGGUUUAGCGGGUCUACAAGGCCUGAGAUGGCCUCAGAGGACAGUCCAUCCUCCAUUCCAUUCGGAAACUGUCAUGCAAAUCAAAUGUGGCUUGUGUCAGGUUCCAGGCAUGCCUCUUCCUUUUUCUAGCCCCUCACACCGCCCCCCCCCCGGUCUGCUGCCAAUCUCCACCUCCAGUUUACAUUACAAAUCCCCCUCUACCCUGGAGCCAGCCUGAUCCCCAAGACUGCCCCACAGGUUCAGAAGAGGCCAGGGACGGUCGCCCCACGUGACAGAUGGACACAGAGCAAUCUGAAUCUUCUCUGGAGACCCCAUGGCUCUGUGAAUUAUACCCCCAACAGCCCCAUCCAGCCCAAAUCCUGGAAGCAGCCAAGGUGCUGGGAGGCUGAACCCUCUUCCAUUCUGACUCCGAUGCCAGAGAAUCGGCAUCCAGAAUUUAGGGAUGUAUCUGCUAGGCCCCCUGCGUACUGUCCACAGAUACCUGCUUGAGGGUCCUCACAUUAUGAGGACAUGGGGCCUUCAAGCAGGGGUCUGUGGGAGGCUUAAUGUCCUCUUUCCUCAGGAUCUUCCAGAUGGGGACAUAAGAGCUCAGAGCUGGGCAUCUCCCUCCCUCUCCUCCACAGCACAUGGCAGAGGUAAGGGAUUGCCCAGGGCUGAUGGCACAACUGCCCACAGCCUUCCCUACACUAAGGUGUUUUCAAAGCAGAAAUCCACGGGAAUGUGGGGUUUGGGGGCCACCAAGCCAGGUGGCCUGGACAUUAACCUGGAGAAGGUGACCCUUGUUUGCCCUUGCCUUGCAUCCAGCUGUGGGUCCUGUCAUGUCAGGAUGUUCCAAGCCUCUGGGCCGCUGGAGAUGCCCCACCCUGAUCCUGGCCCCAUCUCCUCAUCCUAAGUCCUGGGAUGCCCUAGUCCAUAGCCCAGUGUCCCCUGUGAGGAGCCUGGUUAACUUAUAUUGUUAUAUAGCGUCCCCUGUCUGUCAUGUCUCUUAAGUUAUUGUGACCUACACUGGGUACUGGAGGGGAUGGGGGAUGGCUUUGGCUGCUGUCCCCCAAGCCAGGCUCCUCCUUCUGCUUGAAACAGACCCUCGGGGCCCCUGGUGCCACCGAGGCAAUUCGCACUGUCCCUGGGCUGCCAGGCACCUGCGCCUGCACUCGGUCAGCCGCAGACCUUGCCUAGGGGAGAGAGGUGGUUAGUGGACCCAGGCAGGGCACUGGCUGUCCCAAUGCUGUGUGCUGGGGUGGAGGUGGCCGGGCACCACAUGUCCUUGAAGUGCCCUACUUCUGAUGGGCUGUGUUGCUGCCUCCUCUGGAGGGGAGCACUUGGCCCCAAUAAA